AAAUUGGACACCUUUCUUCUCUGGAAGUUCUUCCUACUCACGGUUCUUUGCUAUCUGGAUCGGACAAACUUGGCUUUUGCAGCCCUUCAGCUGAAUGCCAGUCUCAACUUGACUGGAACAGAGUAUGGCAUUGGAAGUGGUAUUUUUUUCUUGGGCUACACGUUAUUCUUUAUACCCAGUAACUUGGCCUUGAUGCGAUUUGGCGCACGCAAAUGGCUCGCAUUCCUCGUGAUAAUCUGGGGGAUUGUGGCCGCUCUGUUUGCGACCCUGAAGUCUGUGCCCCAAUUCUACGUCCUUCGGUUCUUUCUUGGAGCAGCAGAGUCUGGCACUUUGCCAGGAAUGUGGUAUCAUUUGUCCCUCUUCUACUCAGGUAAGAAUGAACUGACCGCUUCUUGGUCCUGGGUGUUAGUGGGCAUUGCCCUUUCGCAGGUCAUUGGCGGCCCCAUUGCCGCAGGUGACUGUAUGUUAUCUGCUCUU